AUGGGAGAGGAGGAUGAAGGCGGAGAAGGCAAUGAAAUGAUGAACACUUACCUCUGUGUAGGCGGAAGGGAUGGACGGGCGGUAAUGAAGGACCACUCGACAGUGGAUUGCUGUGGCCUGCGCCGAUGCCGAGUCCAUCACCGGCGCCCAGAGCCCCGAUGGCUUCAGGCGUGCGGUGCAGAGCGUUCGGGGUGACAUGUAUCUGGCCACGCGCCGGUUGGCUGGCAUCUGGGCCAGUGGCAGCUGCGUCCUCGGGCGGCUGCAGAGCAUCACUGCCAGCGUUGGAUGCCGCUGCGUGGGCUGCCACUUGA